GUUUUCAAUUCCUUUUUUUGUUUGUUUUCUUCUUAUAAUCAAUUAUUUGCUCUUUUUAUAUAUUUUUUUACUAUUCUUUUUUUGCUUUAUUUCCACAGAAAUAUAAAGUCAAAUAUGCCUCGCGAAAUCAUAACAAUUCAGACUGGACAAUGCGGCAACCAAAUUGGCGCCGAGUUCUGGAAGCAGCUGUGCCUGGAGCACGGGAUCAGCACCGACGGAAUCCUCGAGGACUUUGCGACCAACGGCACAGACCGCAAGGACGUUUUCUUCUACCAAGCCGACGACGACCACUACAUUCCGCGGUCAAUCCUCGUCGACCUCGAGCCCCGCGUCAUCAACAACAUAAUGGAAUCGCCCUGUGGCAACCUAUACAACCCAGAGAACAUAUACCUGAGCAAGGACGGUAGCGGAGCCGGAAAUAACUGGGCCAGUGGGUAUAGCCAAGGAGAACGUAUCUGCGAGGAUAUCCUUGAGAUGCUUGAUCGGGAAGCAGACAACAGUGAUUCCUUGGAGGGCUUCAAUCUUCUGCAUUCAAUUGCCGGAGGUACGGGGAGCGGGUUGGGGAGCUUUUUGCUGGAGCGGUUGAGCGAUAGGUAUCCGAAGAAGCUUCUGCAGACGUACUCUGUGUUCCCUAAUAGCGAGGACUCGUCGGAUGUCGUUGUUCAGCCGUACAACAGUUUGUUGACGCUUAAGAGGCUAGCGAAGAACGCCGAUUGCGUUAUGGUGCUGGAUAACGCGGCGCUGACGCGGAUUGUUUCCGACCGGCUGCAUAUCCAAAAGCCGGAUAUUUCGCACACCAACCAGUUGGUUUCCACGGUGCUCAGCGCCAGCACGACGACACUGCGGUACCCGUCGUAUAUGAACAAUGACUUGGCCAGUAUGAUAUCUCCGCUGAUCCCGGUGCCCAAAUGUCACUUCAUUUCCACCGCGUAUACGCCGUUUACCAGUGCAGAUGCGGACACUGCCAAGGUCGUGCGCAAGACCACGGUGCUGGAUGUUAUGCGGAGGCUCUUGCAGCCAAAGAACAAGAUGGUGUCGACGUUGCCGACGAAGAGCAGCUGUUAUAUUUCCAUUCUGAACAUUAUCCAGGGCGACGUGGAGCCGACGGAAGUGCAUAAGUCUCUGUUGCGAAUUCGCGAGCGCAGAAUCGCGCAGUUUAUCCCCUGGGGGCCUGCCAGUAUCCAGGUUGCGCUGACCAAAAAGUCGCCCUAUAUCCAUACUGCGCACCGGGUCAGUGGGCUGAUGAUGGCUAAUCAUACGAGUAUUGCUGGGUUGUUUGGCCGCACGUUGACGCAGUAUGAUCGGUUGAGGAAGCGGAAUGCCUUUUUGGAUCUUUAUCGCCGCGAGCCAAUGUUUGCCGACAGCAUGGAUGAGUUUGAUGAUGCCAGGGAGACUGUCGUCGACCUUAUUAAUGAAUACCGCGCCUGUGAGUCCGAGAACUACCUCAAGGGCCCGGCCGAUGCUACUACCAGCUAGCCAAAUAAACAAAAACGUGAUUAAUAAAAAUAAGUGACGUAUGCCAUCCUUUUUAUUUUAUUAGGUUCAUGAAUCAAACCUUUUUUUUUUGUUCUUUCUCUUCUCUUGAAUUUUGAAUUUUGAAUUUGACUGAUUUUUUCUUUUGUAGCUCAAUUUCGGGCCCGAC